UAUUUUUUAAUUUUAUUUAUGUCUAAUAUAUCUGAUCUGAGAAAACCACCAGGUACCACUGAUCUGCUAGCAAAAACUGAUCUGCUACCAAAAACCACCAGGUACCACAAGAGAUUCUGAAAUAUUAUUUUCAGAUCUGUGCAUGCUUUAUUUGUUCUUGCUAAUGAUUUAUUUGUUCUGUUUUGGACCGAAAAUAUGUGGGUAGAUGCUUUGUAUUUUUUUUUUUCUUUUAUGGAUAUGGGGUUGUGUUUGCUUUUAUAAAGCUGAGCGUUGGUGAUGUUGAUUUUGAUUUGCAUAAAGGUGUGUAUGGGUGAAAUUUCUGUGCUCAUUGUGGAAUGUGGACUCAAUGACUCUGUGCUCAUUGUGGAAUGUGAAAUUUCUGUGCUUAUUGUGAAAUUUUGAUUUGCGUUGGUGUAUAUUAUUUAUUACCAUAUAAGUUUUACUAGUUGAUGAAAAGCAAAGUAGUUGAAGUUUCCAAGUUUAUUUUGAAUUAGUUUCCAAGACCACAAUGAGUGCAAAACAUACAUUUUGGUCUUUUUGAAUUUCGUAGCUGAAAUUUCUGUGCUUCUUUUUAUAAUUUUGUCUUCUAGGGGAUUGAGUUCUACAGGGAUACUUUUCUAGAUUUGUUCUUUUCAAAGCUGGUCUUUGGGAAUCUGUUUCUAAAGGUUGCUGGGUAUAGGAGCUUAUUUCUAAAAAGAUUCUCAGCAAUAAUUUUCAGUUGGUGUGUCAAAGUUGAUCCAUUUAUUGUGUCUUAUGGUUGCUAGAUAGAUGGGUAAAAACACCACUUCCAACUCCGAGGCAACAAAAGCUAGAGCAUUAUGGGAAGAUCCUAGAUGGACAACUACUUUUUGCAACCUUUGUGUGGAACAGAUUGAAGCUGGGAGAAGAUCAAAAGGUGCUUCCUUUAGCACCAAAGGUUGGAGCAUUUUGGUGACCAAAUUUUGUGAUGAGACUGGUCUAGACUAUGAUAAGGACCAAUUAAAAAGUAGGUGGGAUGUAUUAAAAACAGAUUGGAAAGUGUGGGAAAAAUUGAAGAGUCUUGACACAGGUUUAGGUUGGGAUGCAAAGAAGGGAACGAUUGAUGCUAGUGAUGAUUGGUGGGACUUGAAGUUGAAGGUGAGUUAAGUAUUUUAUUAAUAUGUAGUUAGUUGGAGAUAGUUUUUUAUAUUAUUGUAAUAUGAGUGAAAUGACAAUUACAUUUUGUAGGAAGUACCCAAAGCUAAAAAAUUUCGACAUAAAGGUCUACAAAAUCUAGAACAACUUGAUAGAAUGUUUAGAGAUGUUGCAGCAACUGGAGUAGCUGCAUGGACCCCUUCUUCAAAUACACUCCCUCCAACAAUGCCACAAGAGGGUGCUGGUGAUUUAUCUGGUAGCUUUGAAUUUAAGGAUAAUCAAUGUGACAUGAGUUUAGACAUUAAUAGUUUACAGCAAGGACAUACCAGUCAAUCACGUAGUUCAUGACAAAAGCGAACUAGUGAAUCAAUACCCUUACAGAAAAAAAAGAAGAAGAUAGGAGGAGCUGCAAUGUUGGACGAUUGUAUUAGUCAAUUAAUAAAUAUAUGUCAGAAUAGGUCUGCAGGUACUUCUCGAGAGUCACCAAGUUCAAUUGAUAAUGUCAUGGAGAUUGUGAGAGCACUUCUUGGGGUAAACAGUAUGUUUGUGGUUUAAACUUCCUAUGUCUUAAUGAAAAAGUCACGUAGGGAGAUGUUUCUAAAUUUCAAGGAGCCAAAGUUACAGCUACAAUGGCUACAAGGAAUGAUUUGGAACCAAAAGAAGUGACCAACCUUAUGUGGUACUCUGUAUUAGUUUAGGACUAAUAUUAACUUUAUGUUGUAUUAGCUUAGGACUAAGAUUAGUUUUAUGUUGUAUUAGCUAUGUUGUAUUAACCUUAAACUAAGUUAUGUGAUAUUUAGUAUUAGCUUUGGACUAAUAUAUGUGUAAUGUAAACACAUUUGACAUUUUCAUUAAAGUGUUAUUGUUGCCUUUUUGUUACUUUGUUGAUUAUUAUGUUGAUUUGUAUUAAAGUAGUAUUAGCAAUGGUUAAUUAUUUGUUACUUUGUUGUAUAGGCUAAACUAAUAUGGAUGAUUAUAAUGUUACUCAUGAGAGUGGCUAUAUGGAACUGUUAAUAGAUGGGGAUUACAGAAAUUAUUGUGCUGAUCAUGAUGGUGGUUACUUGAAUGAUGGCAAUUAUAACAAUGCUAACAAUAAUAAUGAUGGUAAUAACAAUGAUGAUGAUGAUGAUGAUGAGAGUAGUGACAGUGAUGAUGACAGUGAUAGUGAUUCUGAUGAUGAUGAUAGUAAUAACGAUUCUGAUGAGGAGUUUUACCAGCUUGUGGCAGUUACAUGUGAAGCAGUUGUGACAUAUUUCAAUAAGUACAUUAAUAAGACUCCUUAUUAUGAUUCUGAACAAACAGGGUGGGAUUGGGUGAGACGUUGUAUGGAAGGUAAUGAGAAAUUGUGUUACAACAUGUUUAGAAUGAAAAAGGAGGUUUUUCAUAAUUUGUGUCAAGUUUUACAACAUGAUUAUGGACUUCAACAUUCAAGGAAUAUAAGGUUAGAAGAGUCAGUGGCAAUCUGUUUACUGAUACUUGGUCAUGGAACAUGUAACCGAAUGGUUCAAGAAAUAUUUCAACAUUCGGGUGAAACCAUAAGUAGACAUUUUGAGAAGAUGAUCACUCUGUUGGGUGCUCGCUUUGCAGCUGCAUAUGUAAAGCCUUCGGAUCCAACUUUUAGUGAAGUUCCAUCCCAAUUACAAGACCAUCCAAUUUAUUGGCCACAUUUCCAAGAUUGCAUCGGUGCGAUUGAUGGCACACAUGUGAUGGCGAUUGUACCUACUGAUAAGUCCAUUCCAUACUUUGGAAGAAAGGGAUAUCCAACCCAAAAUGUGAUGGUUGCAUGUGACUUUGAUAUGUUAUUCACAUUUGUUUUGCCUGGAUGGGAAGGUUCAGCACAUGACACCUCCAUUUUUCUUGAUACUAUUCGUACACAGAGUAACAAUUUUCCAAACCCACCACCAGGGAAAUAUUAUGUAGUUGAUUCUGGAUAUCCAAUGAUGAAAGGCUAUUUGGCACCAUACAAGGGGAUAUCUUACCAUCUUCAGGAAUUUCGAAGGAGAGGUGGAAGCCCUAGAACUAGACAUGAAAAAUUUAAUCAUGCUCACUCAUCUCUUCGAUGUGUGAUUGAGCGCACUUUUGGUGUAUGGAAGAAUAAAUGGAGAAUUAUCAGAAACAUGCCAUCUUUUCCAUUCCAUAUCCAAAUCUUUAUUGUAUCUGCUACUAUGGCUCUUCAUAAUUUUGUUAGACUAAAUGAUAGGGAUGAUAGGGGCUUCAUACACGUCAAUCGAGAUUCAAUUUCUAGAAGAGAACAUAAUAAUGAAGCAAGUAGCAAUUAUGAGCAGAACUCAAGAUCUUUAACAGACCCUGAGAUGGUAGUUCUUCGUGAUUCUAUUGCAAAUUCCAUUUGGGGGGAUAAUAAUUAGUAGUUGUCUUUUUUUUUUUUUUUUUUAAUAUCAUGUAAUACAAUAUAAACUUGGGUUAUUGGUAUGUAUUUUAUCAUCUUUUUACA